AUGGCGCCGGGUCUUGUCCUGCGAGCCGCGCUCGCGUGUCUGUUCGCGGCUGUUGGCGCGCUCGCAGGCCCGUCGAAAUCAUGCCCUAGCAAGAUCAACGAAUGCCCCGUUUGCCCUUCCGACUCCGUCGUUUCUUCUUCCUCCUCCUCCUCCUCGGCCGUGUUCCAGCCGAAGAGCUCUGAGUUACUGGGAGUUCUCAAGGGCAGUUUCGUCGCACACGCGUCGCUGACCAACAAGAAGUCGACUGCGACGCUGCUGAACCCGUCGCAGAAGACGGCGGCCGUGACGAUCAAUCGGUGCUGCGUGUCGUGCAGCGAGCGCGAGGAUUGCGCGUACUGGACGUGGAAGAAGAACAAGAAAAGCAACACAGGAAUCUGCAGUCUCUUCGGCGCUGACCAGUGCUCGACGCACAAGUCCCUCGCAAAGGUCAACAAGUGGCAGCCCGACACCAGUACCGGCGUUGUCUCCUUUAAGCGCUGCCUCGCUACAAGCUCCAGCUCCACCGGCGCCGGCAGCGCGUCUGCCGGUGAACCUCUCGCAGGGACCGACUCCACCAGCAGCGGGGACAGCAGCGCCAAAAGCGGCGGCAGCGUGAAGCGGUACAACACGACUUGCCCCGCGUUCCCGUGCCUGCCUGCCUGCCCGUCCGCCGUCGAUCUUCCGGACAUCACGGAUUCGAAGGGCCCCGCGUUUCCCGGCGCGUUUCGCGGGAAGCUGUACGAGCACUACUCGCAGGCGACGGGGCCGACUCUGGUGGAGGACGCGGGGCUGAAGAGCAUCGGCGAGUGCUGCGAGUACGCCGCAUCGCAGUUCAUGUACGACGUGACGUACUGGUCGUGGGAACAGAGCGACUCGACGGACUCCGGCCCGCUGUCUGUCACUCAACACCCUCACUACCCCACUCCUCCCUCACUCGUUCACCAUCUUCUCUCCCAUUCUCUUCUCUUUCCUCCCUCUCUUCCCAAUCUUUCGCCUCUCCUCCCUCCCAUCAGGUCGCUUUCUAACCCUUCUCCCCCUCAUUCCCCCCAUUCUUCCCCUCAUUUCCCAGCCUGCUCCUCCUCAUUUCCCCUCCUGCUCCUUCUCACUUCCCCCACUGCUCCCCCUCAUUUCCCCUCCUGCUCCUUCUCACUUCCCCCACUGCUCCCCUUCAUUUCCCCUCCUCCUCCCUCUCAUUUCCCCCCUUACUCCUCUCAUCUCCCCCCCUCCUCCCUCUCAUUUCCCCCCUUGCUCCUCUCAUCUCUCCCCCUCCUCCCUCUCAUUUCCCCCCUUGCUCCUCUCAUCUCUCCCCCUCCUCCCUCUCAUUUCCCCCCUUGCUCCUCUCAUCUCUCCCCCUCCUCCCUCUCAUUUCCCCCCUUGCUCCUCUCAUCUCUCCCCCUCUCCCUCUCAUUUCCCCCCUUGCUCCUCUCAUCUCUCCCCCUCCUCCCUCUCAUUUCCCCCCUUGCUCCUCUCAUCUCUCCCCCUCCUCCCUCUCAUUUCCCCCCUUGCUCCUCUCAUCUCUCCCCCUCCUCCCUCUCAUUUCCCCCCUUGCUCCUCUCAUCUCUCCCCCUCCUCCCUCUCAUUUCCCCCCUUGCUCCUCUCAUCUCUCCCCCUCCUCCCUCUCAUUUCCCCCCUUGCUCCUCUCAUCUCUCCCCCUCUCCCUCUCAUUUCCCCCCUUGCUCCUCUCAUCUCUCCCCCUCCUCCCUCUCAUUUCCCCCCUUGCUCCUCUCAUCUCUCCCCCUCCUCCCUCUCAUUUCCCCCCUUGCUCCUCUCAUCUCUCCCCCUCCUCCCUCUCAUUUCCCCCCUUGCUCCUCUCAUCUCUCCCCCUCCUCCCUCUCAUUUCCCCCCUUGCUCCUCUCAUCUCUCCCCCUCCUCCCUCUCAUUUCCCCCCUUGCUCCUCUCAUCUCUCCCCCUCCUCCCUCUCAUUUCCCUUCCAUUCUCCCUUCCACGCUCUCCCAUCGCCAUGCCUUAAUUUCUCAUCCCCCCUCCUUCCAGGGUCAUCUCACCUCCCAUGAGAUCCCACUCGCUCCUUCAGUCCCUGCCCAUACUGCCGCCGCUGCUGCCUUUGCCGGAGCUGCCUCUGCUGCCACACCCAGUGUUCCUUCCUUUGCUCCUACUGGACCUAGCAUUUGUGGAGCAAAUGUAGCAGCAGCUCCCACGAGGAGUUGGAGCUGGGAUGAUCUUGCAAGAACAGCGGCAGGUGCAUGGGCAGCAACAGCAGAACCAAGAGCGAGUGAGCCCUGCUGCGGUCUCACAGCCGAGCGCGCUCAUGAGUGCGCAAGCCGCAGGAGAUGCAGCAUGCGGGGUCUCUCACGCUGGGUGCACACUAUCGAAGCAGCCAUGUCAGCAGUGGACUGGGGAGCGAGCAGGGUGUGA